AUGGGCUUUGACAACCGGGAGGCCAACCUUCAAGAGAUCCUAUUGAUACCGGAGCAAGUUCCAAGCAAGAACAUGAGCUUUAUCGACGACAUGCUGGCAGACUACGACAAAAGACUGUGGCCGACGUACGGAACCGAUGAACCGACCAUGGUGGAGGUUGAGCUCUGGGUCAACAGUUUUGGUCCCCUUGACAAUUCCAACAUGCUGCCUGGUAGAUACGACGUAAUGGUACCUAGGCAGGCGCCUGAACCUCCCAAAGUGAUCUUCAAGGAGGUCAGUUUGGGAUUGCCCGAGAAGAGCAAAAAACGCGUCGAGCUCAUCAAGACAAUACCUGGCAAUCUCCACGAGUGCUUGGGUUGUCUGGUGAAGAGCACCAUGGGCCUCAUCAGUGAGCCUGCAAGCGACUACCCGGUGAAUCUGUACCUGCGCGAGACAUGGUUCGACCCGCGGCUUAGCCUGCUACGUCACGGCGUGAACGAAACCUUCGUGAUCAACGGCGGAGACAUCGCCGGCCAGCUGUGGAAGCCCGAUCUCAUAUUUGUCAACGUAAAGGCGGCCCGGGUACAAGAGAUCACCGUGCCCACCAGCCUCGUCCGAAUAUUCCCCGACGGUCAUAUCCUCUACAGCCUACGGUUGGAUCUUCGACUGUCGUGCACCUUGGACUUCCAGCUGUACCCCUUCGACACGCAAAAAUGUCACAUCAUUAUGCGACCGUACGCAUACACAGAGAACGAGAUCGCUCUGGCCUGGAAGGACGACAACUCGGUUACACUCACGCACCCGCUCACGCUCUCCGAGUUUCAGCUAGUUGACAGCUACAACACUACCUUAACCCAAGAGCUCCCAACAGGGAAUUUCACGGUUCUCCAGUACACAUUUGUGCUACAACGUCUGCGGGGCUACCACCUCAUUUACGUAUACCUACCCAGCAGUCUCAUUGUUUGUGCGUCGUGGAUUUGCCUCUGGCUAAAGGUGGAGAUCCCUCAAGCCCGAGUGGCACUGGGAGCGGUGACGCUGCUGACGCUCGUGUCUUUGGCGAGCAGCGUUCGCACCACCAUACCGCGGGUGGCGUACGUGAAGGCCAUCGACGUGUGGUACGCCACCUGCAUCAUGUUCGUCUUCGCCGUGCUAAGCUUGGCCACCUGCACACACUACCUCGUACGGGUGCGCCUCAGGCCGCUCUGCGUGCGACGCGUCGACCACUGGGUCGUCGACAUCUAUCAGAGGCUGGUUUACGGACGCCGCACAGACCCAUUCCUGCUGACCAUGGACAAGGAGAACAAGCUGGAACUACAUCGCAAUGUCAAGACGUCUCAAGCUUUCGAAAGGGUGGCCCGAUACAUGUUUCCCAUCUUAUUUGGGUUCUUCAACAUUGUCUACUGGUCAUUCUACGUCGAGAGGUCCUAUUACCCCUAACGAGCUACUUUUCCGACCCAAGCAGAAAUUUAGCCACAAUCUCUGCUCUUCCAGGUGGUACGUUAUCUUGAAUGGCAUGGCG